AUGGGCCCAAGUGUCGGAAACACCCGCACCCUGGGAGCCAAAGGCGUUGCGCGAGACGAAGAAGGAGUUGUGGAUUGGGGUGGCAAGACACGUAUGAUAUGGGGCUGGCAAGCAAAUAUCCGUCCAAAGUUCGGUCUUGGACACGGUUCAGAGAAGAAUGUCUGUCCUCGUGGCACAGUGGAUAUGCCAGCUGGACCUCGCCGAGGUCAUCUGCCCCAUGGUGUCGUGCAGCUGCGGUCUCAGAGCAACGGCAGACCGCCAGCCGCAACGCACAUGGAUAACGGUGGGAGCGGUAUCAGCACAAGUGCUACUAGACAGAGCAUUGUGAGCAAUGCGCUCCGUCAGAUCCGCUGGCGUUGGCAGCUCCAGCUCAUCGGUGUCACAGGAGGCGCCGAGAACGGGACGACCUGGGGGGCCAAUGCCCAGUCAUUUCCUCGUCCCGAGGCCUUGUCGAGUACACGACACAUCUGGGGAUAUGCUGGGGACAAGGAAUACAGAAAGCUGAGCGUCCAACGUGUUCAAAUAGUUGAUGAAUGA